GAGUUGUAGUCAAAGCGCGGUUGCGGCCUUGAGGAAGUUUCCCAGUCCAAGAGGUUUCCAGCGCCGGACGUUAGUGGAGUUUGCGUUUAAAGAAAACGAAGCGCGGCCACGACGGCGCUUCCACGGAGUGUUCCUUCUGCUGGGAUGGCCACUGGCUUGGAAGGCGGGACGGUUCGGUCGGCUUAAGGACCAGAGACCAUCGUUUGCAAACGAUGGGAUAAGUAGUUGUUGGGGGUGGUUGAACAGCUAAGGGGGUGUGAGUGUCACUGGCGAUUUAAGAGGAGGCGGGGAGCGUCCGUUUUACCUGGGAAAUUACGGAGUAACGAGGAGAGGCUGCGGAAUUCGCAUUGCGUCCGCGGCGCUUUACAGAGCAAUCAGAAGAGGUAUCAGAGACUUCCAGUGAACACUUAAUGGAAGAUGUCAUCGAGUUUGACAGAAGAACAGAAAAAGAAGAUUGAAGAAAAUAGGCAGAAGGCUUUAGCAAGGAGAGCAGAGCGACUGGCAGCUCAGCAGGGUGUGAUUGCUAAACAGCAUCCUGGGCUGCAGAGUCCUGGUGGCUGCCAAGGAAACCUGCUGGAACCUUGGAAGAAGGAUGACCACCACACCCACCUAAAUAGCCACCGUCUCCACCUACUCAGCAAACAUGGGAUGCCAAAGGGCCCUCAAAUGCCACAUGGUCACUGUAGCUCAAAUCAACCGACUGCUCAUUUGAGUAGUGCUCCAAAGGAAAACAGUUCUGUCGUUUCCAGCCGGGAGACAGGCAGGCAGUUGAAUAGUGCCGGGCAUCCCUCAACAGGGAUGAAGAACUCUCUUGGGCAUCCCUCUGAUUGGAGCGGUGGGGACCAAGGUCAGCCAAACCAGCACGAUUCUAAUAUGUUGCAGCUACUGAAAUGUGGUGCAGUAAUCAACAACCUUGACAAACAAGAUCAAGGUAGAUUAGAUGUUGAUAAAGACCUUCACAAUCUUAAAGACUUGCAAAUGCAAAACAGGUCUACCCUUGACCCUGGUGACAUGAAACAUAUGCCCAUACCCGCCACCAGCAGCACUGCAUUGAAUGAUGGUGAAACGCAGGCAAGUACCAAAAAGGAAGGUAGCAGCAUACUGCAGUUUUAUGGCUCGAAAAAAACUUCAGCUCCUGUAGGGCACAAAGAAUCAAAACCACUCAUUUCUGCUGGUGCAGGAAAUGUAUCUGAGCUACCCGUACAGAGGAAAUCACAGAAUUGCCUCCAAGGAAAAUGCGUGCAGCAUUCUGAAGGCAGAUUCCGCGUUGAGAUAGGAUACAAUGCCCAACUCAUUGAAAUGUUCAGGAGCAUACCGAGCAAAAGUUAUGAUCCUGCAACAAAGAUGUGGAAUUUCAGUCUUGAAGACUAUAAUGACUUCAUGUCAGCAGUGAAGCAACUCCCAUCCAUAACUUUGACACCUCUAGUGGGUAUGAAGACAACCUCUGGGGCCAGUGAGUCAUCUUCUGCUGGAAGAACUUCUGCCUUGAGAUCCCUCUUGCAGACUUGUACUGGCUGGCAGAAGCCGUCAGCAGUCGUCAGAGGGAAAUGUGUGCUGAUCUCAUACUCCCGGUUUGAAGUCGAUAUUGGCUAUGUCUCCAGUGUCAUAGGUAUAUUCAAGCAGUUGGAUUCUCGGAAUUAUGAUAUGAAGACGAGAAAAUGGAGUUUCCUACUGGAGGACUACCUGAGAUUAAUGGAACUGAUGAAGAACCUUCCAGAAGUGGAGCUGGAACCUCUGCCCAAGCCAGUAGUGCAAGUUUUUGCUUCACAAUUCCAGAAGUCCGUCUUAAAGCCUGCGGAUGUCCCUGAAGCAGACCUUUCAGGAGUGGACCCUACAUUGGUGGGAAGCCUCAUGCCGUUUCAGAGAGAAGGUGUGAAUUUUGCCAUUUCUAAAGAGGGCCGUUUGCUUCUGGCUGAUGACAUGGGCUUAGGGAAAACCAUACAAGCAAUCUGCAUUGCUGCAUAUUAUCAAAAAGAGUGGCCACUGCUGGUAAUCGCCCCUUCUUCAGUGAGAUACACAUGGGCAGAGGCUUUCCACAGGUGGCUUCCUUCCUUGAGCACGGAUGCCAUCAGUGUCAUAGCAACGGGCAAGGACUGCCUGGUGGCAAGACUGAUAAACAUUGUCAGCUUUGACCUUCUCAGCAAGAUGGAGAAACAGCUCAAAGCCACCUUCCAAGUUGUGAUUGUUGAUGAAUCUCAUUUUCUUAAGAAUGGGAAAACUGCUCGAUGUCGGGCUGCAAUGCCCCUCUUGAAGGCUGCCAAGCGAGUCAUCCUGCUGUCGGGAACCCCUGCCAUGUCACGCCCUGCAGAACUGUAUACCCAAAUGGCAGCUGUCAGGCCAUCCUUCUUCCCUCAGUUCCAUGCCUUUGGGCUCCGCUACUGUGAUGCAAAACAGCGGCCUUGGGGGUGGGAUUAUUCUGGAUCAUCAAACCUUGGGGAGCUGAAACUUCUUCUGGAAGAAUGCAUCAUGAUCCGUCGCCUGAAAUCUGACGUGCUUUCUCAGCUCCCUGCGAAGCAGCGCAAAGUGGUGGUGGUGGCCCCUGAAGGCAUUAAUGCGAGAACCAAGGCUGAGCUGGCAGCUGCUGCAAAAGAAAUGGCAAAGGGUUACAAGAGUAAACAAGAAGAGAAAGAAGCUCUCAUUCUUUUUUACAACAGGACAGCAGAAGGCAAAGUUCACUGUAUCAUAGAAUAUAUCCUAGAUUUAUUGGAAAGUGGAAGAGAAAAAUUUCUGGUUUUUGCCCAUCACAAACUAAUUCUGGAUGCAAUCACCGAGGAGCUGGGGAAAAAGCAUGUUGGGUACAUUCGUAUUGAUGGCUCCACUCCUUCAGCAGAGCGUCAGUCUCUCUGCCACGAGUUCCAGUUCUCUGAGAAGCGCUCUGUGGCAGUCCUCUCCCUAACAGCUGCCAACAUGGGGCUUACUCUCUCGUCUGCUGAUCUGGUUGUGUUUGCAGAACUAUUCUGGAAUCCUGGGGUUUUGAUCCAAGCCGAAGACCGGGCACACAGAAUUGGGCAAACCAGUUCUGUGAAUAUACACUAUUUGGUUGCAAAAGGCACAGCUGAUGACUACUUAUGGCCUAUGAUUCAAGAGAAGAUCAGAGUGUUAGGUGAAGCUGGCCUCUCGGAAGCCAAGUUCUCUGAGACCGCUGAAGCCAAAGACUACUACUUUUACAAGGACCCAAAGCAGCAGAAUAUUUUAAACCUUUUCCAGAGGGCCUUUUCAAAAGAAACAGAUGACUUGGAUGAAGCCCUGCUUGUGGAAGCAGUGGAUGCUUGUGAAGAGUUUGGUCAACAAACAGCAUCUCCUGAAGAAGGAGGAAGCCUGUUCACAAAAAGUCCAUGCAAGAAACGGCGUACUGAUGAUUUUGGUUAUGGACAGUGAUGUCACAGAAAAAUGAUGCUUAUUUUUUUAUUAUGAUAGAAGAGGAAAAAUCAGUGAAUGA